AGAGAGAGAGAGAGAGAGAGAAGAGUUUAGUUUAAUCAAAACAGUGAGACCAAUUUACAUUCAUUUUCACGAAAAAUCUUUUAAUGCGCAAUUAGUUCGCUGGUGAAAUGGUAGAUUAUUUUCUCAAUUUGAAGGAUUAGAUUUUCAGUUUCAGUGGGAGCUGGACAGACUGAUUGGAGAACAGCCAAUUCGUGAGACUGAUACCUUCAUUUACGCUCCUCCUCCAGCCGGACUUAAAUGUCUGCUCAGUCCGGGACGGUGUCGCAGUCGGAGGCAGUUAUGAGAGGGAUGCUGUAACGUCAACCAGCUUCAAGCAGCAAGUAUAGUGUACUUGUGUUUUUCAGUUAUCUUUUUUUCUCCCCCCGGUGGCUCUAAUAUGAAGACCAUACUUGCUGCGUACUCCGGUGUCAAAAAGGGCUCAGGGUCCAGCAUCCUCUCAGCCUUAAGAGACUUGCCAUGGCCAUCCCGAUCCAAGAUGGAAAAACAUCUCCAGGUGAUCUCAGUUCUGCAGUGGGUUCUCUCUUUCUUUGCUUUGGGUGCUGCCUGUACAGUGCUAUUGGUCUACAUGUUCUGCACUGACUGCUGGGUAAUUGCUGCUAUGUACACGACCUGGCUAAUUUUUGACUGGAACACCCCUAAACAAGGAGGCCGCAGAUCCUCUUGGGUGAGGAACUGGACUGUCUGGACAUAUUUCAGAGAUUACUUUCCAAUCAGACUUAUCAAGACCCAUAACCUGUUACCCAACCGAAACUACAUCUUUGGCUAUCACCCCCAUGGAAUCCUGUGUUUUGGUGCCUUCUGUAAUUUUGGAACCGAAGCCACGGGAUUCUCAGAGAAAUUCCCCGGGAUUAAGCCAUCCUUGGCCACCCUGGCCGGAAACUUCCGCCUUCCUGUGUUGAGGGACUACCUGAUGUCCGGAGGUAUCUGCCCUGUAAAUCGGAACUCUAUCGACUACCUUCUGUCGAGCAACGGGACGGGUAACGCUGUGAUAAUUGUAGUUGGAGGAGCAGCAGAAUCCCUGGACUGCGCCCCAGGCAUGAAUUCUGUCACCCUUCAGAAUCGCAAAGGCUUUGUGAAGCUUGCCCUCCAGAAAGGGGCCGACCUGGUUCCCGUGUACUCCUUCGGAGAGAAUGAAGUGUACAAACAGCUGAUCCUGGAGGAGGGCUCGUGGUGGCGGUACGGUCAGAAGAAGCUGCAGAAGUUCCUCGGAUUCGCCCCCUGCCUGUUUCACGGCUGUGGACUUUUCUCCACUGAGUCUUGGGGCCUGAUGCCUUUCUCCAAACCCAUUACCACCGUAGUGGGUGAACCAAUCACUGUGCCAAAGAUUGAGAGCCCCAGUCAGGAAGUGGUGGACAUGUACCAUUCUAUGUAUAUCACAUCCCUCAGGAACCUUUUUGACAAGUACAAGACCCGUUUUGGCCUUAAAGAGACUGACACCCUAGAAAUUCGUUGAAACACGAAAAGUAAAAAAAAAAAAAAAACUCCACAACAAUACAGAGAACUUUUGGCAGCUGCUCAAGACAAGUCUCUCCACUAAGAAAGUGCCUGGUCAUGAGAAGAUGCAUUGAACAGAAACCGUCUCCAUGUACAAAUAUAUAUAUAUAUAUAUAUAUAUAUAUGCAUAUUUAUAUUCCCAGAGUCUCAGUGUCAUUCAGCAUCUGGGUUUCAAUACCUUUGAGGGAGAUGUGUCAAGAGUUAUAUGCCUUCAGUGGAUUUCUUUUCUCUCUGUCUUUGGGAGAUUAUCCAUGUGAUCUCAUAUUUUACAAUGUCACAACUGUUCCCACAUUUUAUCUGAAUCCCCCCCAAAGAGACAUACAUGUGUAAGAGAGCUUCAACAGUUGUCCGGUGAUGCUCACGUGUGUCAUUAUUAAUCCUUGCCACUAGGUGGCAACAGCUGAUCUUUUUUCCCCCCCCCCCAAAGAACACAACCAAGUUCAGAGAUACUGUGAAUUUUACAGUGUGACUGAACUAUUGUUUCAGCUCACCCUAGCAUUUUUAAAGCAUGAGGAUACACUGUCAUGUUUAUUUUGAAGGGCUCUGAUUCAAAUCAAGUUUUUUUUGGUUUUUGUUUUGUUUUUGUUUUUUGGUUUUGCACAAAUAAUGCAAUAAUGCAAAAGUGUUGCUUCUGAAAAUAGUCACCGCUGUGGUUUUAUGUAGCCAGAGAGGUAGGGAACCCUAAAAUAUGCAAAUAACAUUAUCUACUACGUUUCAUAUAAUGCUGACUUCAUUUUCCAUGUUAAAUGAAUAACAGUACAAUAGUGUGGCAUAUUUACCUUACCCCUAUCAGUCAAACACGAUCGAUUUGCCGGUGACUUCCCAAUGCAGAAGACCUUUGCAAGACUCGGUUGGUGAUGUUUUAGAGUUUACAGCAGUUUCCAAGCCCUAUUACCAUAAAAGUAUUGAUCAUUUUCUUGAAGAGACCACACAAGUAUUAGUUUCUUAAUUAAAAUGUUUAAGAGCCCUCUAAAUGAAUUACUAUGUUUUUUCAGUGAGUGCAAAUGCAUAUAUCUCCAGCUUCCCCUCAUUUUCAUGAUCUCAACUGCUAUUUUUCCUUCUGACAGUAUCAGAGGCUUGAUAGUGAAAUCAGUUAGACUGGAACUCGCAAAGUUAUUUUUUUAAUUUAAAUUUUUUUUUUGUUAAAUCAUAUUGCUCUCAGUACAAAUUUUGCCACAAGCCAAAACUUUUAUUUAUGUCCAGAAUUGACAUUCUCUGUUUUGCUUUUAAAUCUCAGAGUCUAACCGAAUUCUCAGUUUCAAACACACUGGGUUUUCUGUUCCCUUGGUCCCUGUUGUGGUAGUCAAAAGGAAAAGUGAAGGUCUUAAAAUGAAAUCAUUUAGGAAUACUCCAUUUACUCUUAUAGGCUUGACAACUGAUACAGGAGAGAGAAAUGUAAAAGAUUUAUCCCCUCAGGAAUAUAUUUUGGAAACCACACUGAUGCCUUAUAAGGGAAAAAGGAAAAACAACUUCCCAUUUACAUUGACGAGAAAAAAAUAGUGUCGCUUGACACUGUUUUUUUUGUAGCUUUUGUAUUUUUUCAAACAUUUGGAAUUUAUGUCAGUACAUUACCUGAUUUUUUUUAGUGAUUGAUGAUUUUACAAAAUGUUAUAUAAAGUGUACUUAAGUUUGGAUAACCAUUUUAAUGUCUCCUGAAAUGUUUUUUGUGAUGACUACAUCGAACCAAAAAUGAGAUUGGUAAAUGGGUGCAAGUAAUGCAAUUGAAGUGGUUAGUGGAAGUGUAUAUGACAGAUUGCUUCAGGCUUCAGCGUGGUCACUUUCUGCAUUUAAAAGUUUGACAUGUGCCUUUUGAGUUCAUGUGCAAUAAACACAUAUCUCACAGUGCAAC